AGAUUUUAAGUAUACAGAGAUUAUAAGCUUCUAAAUCCAUUAAAAUGGAGAAGGGAAAGAAGAGAUUAGCUACAUUGGUGGGUUGCAACUACGCCAACACCAGAAACGAGUUGUAUGGAUGCAUAAACGAUGUUCUUGCUAUGCGAGAAGUUCUUAUUAGCAGGUUCGGGUUUGAACCAACCAAUAUCCAAUUCCUUACAGAUCAACCCGGUUCACCAGUCGUGCCUACUGGUGCUAAUAUCCUUCAAGCUCUUAACAAGAUGAUCGAUCAAGCUGAAGAUGGUGAUGUUCUUUAUUUCCACUACAGUGGGCAUGGAACCCGGAUCCCUAAACCCGGCCAUGCUUCCCUGAAAGAUGAAGCUAUUGUACCUUGUGAUUUCAAUCUCAUUACUGAUGUUGACUUCCGAAAGCUUGUGAACCGGUUGCCAAAGGGAGCGAGCUUCACAAUCCUUUCAGAUUCAUGUCAUAGUGGUGGCCUCAUUGACAAGGAGAAGGAGCAAAUCGGCCCUUCUGCUGCUAAAAAACCAUCCAAUAAUGACCAUAAAACAAGGGCAAUCCCGUAUGAAUCAGUACUUCAACACCUCUCUUCCAUCUCCGGCAUCGAAUCAACCGAUAUUGGUUCUCACUUGUGCCAAGCCUUUGGAGAAGAAGCCAGCAGCAAAUUCCGUUUACAAGCACCUCAUGAACACAAUCUUUUGGGUUCCGCUGUACAUCCUGAUGCUGGAAUACUACUAAGUGGGUGUCAAGCAAAUGAGACAUCGGCAGACAUGAGUGCUUCAACUGAGACUGAAGGUAAGGCAUUUGGAGCAUUCAGUUACGCCGUUCAGUUGGUGUUGAAGGCGCAUUCAUCGGCGCUUAGCUACCGGGACAUCGUUACUCAGGCGAGAAAGAAUUUAUUCGAACAAGGUUUUGAACAACAUCCUUGCUUGUAUUGCAGUGAUGAGAAUGCUAACCAACCUUUCUUAUGGCAACCAGAACAACCCUCCAAAGAAAAAGCUUAAAUGGGC